AUGGUGUACGCUGCGCCAAUGGAUAGUGUCAAGCCCUCUCUCUACACCCCUCCUGUGUACCCAGCACUCUCUAACGCGUCCGAGAGGGACAAUACCACCCUCCUGCUGGGCCUGGGGACACCUGUGGUCUGCUACCCUGACGACACCCCUCCGACGCCUUCCUCGCUCUUCAACGCCUCCGUCCCGUCCUACGAGCUGAGCCCGGCCGAGGUGGCGGUCCUGGGCCUGGUGUUCGGUGUGUUUUGGCUCAUCUCCGUGCUCGGGAAUGCCCUGGUGUGCCUGGUCAUCCAUCGGAGCCGCCGGACUCAGUCCACCACCAACUAUUUCGUGGUGUCCAUGGCUUGCGCCGACCUGCUGCUGAGCCUGGGGUGCGGCCCGUUCAUCUUGCUCCAGGUGAGCGUGGGCCGCUGGCCCCUGAGCGCGGCCGCGUGCAAGGCCAUCCGCUACCUGCAGCACCUGUGCCCCGGCGUACAGGUGUACGUCCUCCUCUCCAUCUGCGUGGACCGCUUCUACACCAUCGUCUACCCGCUGAGCUUCAAGGUGUCGCGGGAGAAGGCCAAGCGCAUGAUCCUGGCGUCGUGGGUCUUCGACGCCGCCUUCGUCUCCCCGUGCCUCUUCUUCUACGGCUCGGCCGCCAACAACGCCAACGGCGGACGGACGCCGCAGCACUGCGACUUCUUCCUGCCCGACAGCUGGGACGGCAUCGCCUACGGCGUGGCGCACCUCCUCUUCGGGUUCCUGGUGCCCGCGCUGCUCGUCGUGUCGUUCUACCAGCGGGUGGUGCGCUACAUCUGGCGCCUCAGCGCCGACGGGCGCACGGUGCGGCGCACCAUGAACAUCGUGCCCAGGACUAAGGUCAAGACCAUCAAGAUGUUCCUCAUGCUCAACGCCGUGUUCCUGCUCACCUGGGCGCCGUUCUACGUGGCGCAGCUGUGGCACCCGCGGGAAGGCCCCGACGGCCCCGGCAGACAGGGGGCGCUGUGCUUCAGCGUGGUGGUGUGGAUCUCGUUCAGCUCCACGGCCUCCAAGCCCACGCUGUACUCGGUGUACAACGCCAACUUCCGGCGGGGCAUGAGGGAGACCUUCUGCAUGUCGUCCAUGAAGUGCUACCGCAGCAACGCGUACACCAUCACGGCCAGCUCGCGCAUGGCCAAAAAGAACUACGUCGGGGUGGUGGACGUCCCCGUCCCGACGAAGACUCUCGUCAAGGACUCGGUGUACGACACCUUCGAUCGGGAGGCGAAGGAAAAGAAAUUGGCGUGGCCAAUCAGUGCAAAUCCACCCAACACAUUUGUGUGA